AAGAAAGACGUGGUGUGUUUAAAACAAAAUUUUCAUCUAAAUUCUAUAAAACAAUUAUAGUCUUCAGUAAUUAACAUACAAAAUGGGUGUCUGGCCAGAAGUGACAACAGUGAAAAACGAGAACAGACAUGAAAUCAAGCUGUCUGGCGCGUCAAUAUCUAAACGAAUAACCGAUGCGGGUUUAGACAAUAGUUUGUUCCUAUUAACCAAUAUAAACCUGUUAAAUAUUAGUGAUACGUGCCUCACGAUUAUUCCUGACGAUAUAAAGAGGCUGGUUAACCUUCAGUCACUGUUGUUAUUUGGAAACAAACUGCAAGAGUUCAAUGAAAACAUAACCUCUCUGCCGAAGUUAAAAGUGCUCGACUUAUCCAGAAAUGAGAUCAAAAGUAUCCCUGACAGUCUGAAUAAGAUGAAAGAAUUGACCAGCAUCAAUUUCAGUUCGAACCAAAUCGAAGUUAUGCCGAAAUUCGUUGAUUUUCCAAACUUAAUCAUAGUUGAUGUAUCUAACAACAAACUAAAUGAGUUUAUAGAUUUGGAAGGCGCCCAUUUGCCUCAUUUGACGGAUCUGAAGCUAAAGGGUAACGCUAUCGAGACAAUUCCUAGCUAUUUGCCACAAAGUUUGCCAUCGCUGAAGAACUAUGAUAUGGGUGAUAACAAAAUCAAAGUUGUGCCGGGAGAACUGGCCAAUCUGCAAAAAUUGAAAGAACUGAACCUCAAAGGAAACAAGCUAGCAGACAAGCGUCUCAUGAAACUAGUUGACCAGUGUCGCACCAAGCAAGUCCUAGAUUACGUCAAGGAACACUGCCCGAGGAGCGAUGCCCAAGCCCAGACUAAAGGAAAAGGCAAAAAAGGCGCUAAAAAACAAGAGGACACACCCGUCGAGGAAGCCGUCUGUGAUCUAUGCCACUCAAUGAAGAUCCUAUAUGUCGAAGAAAAUAUCCCUAAUGUCCAAAUCAUUGAAUCUCAAGUAGGUGGAGUCCGGCCGUACAUCCUGUGCUGCAUUGUUAAUGAUUUGAGCUUUACCGAGGCAUCUUUUAAGAAGUUUAUUCAGAUGCAGACGAAGCUUCAUGACACUGUAUGCGAGAAAAGAAAUAUUGCAACUAUAGCCACACACGAUUUAAAGAAAAUUGCUCCUGGCAACCUGACCUACACAGCAAAGCCCCCAAAUGUCCUCAAACUGGUACCACUCGGUCGCUCCAAGCCGUACACUGGGGAACAGCUGUUUCAGCAACUGGUGGCAGAGGCAGACGCACUCAGGAAGGAGAAGAAGAGGAAUGUCUACUCGGGGAUACAUAAGUAUUUAUAUUUACUGGAAGGCAAACCGAAGUACCCAUGCCUGCAGGGCGCCAACGGAGAAGUCAUCAGUUUCCCGCCCAUCACAAACUCGGAAAUCACUAAGAUGUCGCACGAGAGCACAAGCAUGUUCGUGGAAGUGACGUCACACGCGUCUCUCGGUUCCUGCAAGACCGUCUUGGACAAGUUCCUCCUGGAGACACUGUUGCUGGGACAGGCGGGUCCGGACCAGUACCACACGUUGAACGUGCAGCAGGUAAAGAUAGUGGACACAGAAGGCAACCUGAAGAGCGUCUAUCCGUCGCGAACGGAUUGCGUCUACGAGGACGCGGCCAACGUCAAAGUGUUCCGGCUGCCCAAGAAAUAAGGUGUGGCAUCACGCACCGCCAUUUUCCUUUAGUGAAAAACUGCUAAUUGAUAACUUGUCUACAAUUUUCAGGAUUUAAAUUUAUACUUUAAUACGGUCUGGCAAAAAAUAAUAGAAAAUAAUAAGGGCGCCACCGUAACUGAUUUGGAUGUGGCAACUAUUUUGACACUUCUGUAUUAAAAAAAAGUAAGUGUUGCUAUAAUAAAUAAAAUAAAAAAAGCUCCAUUUCUACUCUUUUUUGCCUAACUGUAGUCUUACUUUAAUAAUAAUAACCAGUUUCCAAAUUCAGUUUCAAAAAGUGAAUGUCGUUACAUUAUUUCAUGAUAAAAUCAAAAGGUGUUUAUUCCACACAGUAUUUUAAUUUAGAGUGCUAGAGAAUGGAAUAAACUUUUUUUUUUUAAUGCAAAUACAGAUUACGGUGUGAGGUGUGGCCAUUUUUUUCUCAUGAUUAUUUCCUGAAUAAUGGUGUUUUUUUUCUCUAAGUAAUAUUCUUUUUUGAGUUGAUUAUUAUAAUCAACUUUUGUUUGGUAAAUAAUUAAAAUAUAUCCAUGUUGUAAGUGAAAACUGUUAAAUUCUUUGUUUCCUUGCAGUUUAUGAUUGCUAUUGUCAACUUCUAAAUCUUCCCAGUGAUUUCUGAAUAAACCUUACACUAAAUUACGUCGCAUACACGCCAUAUUACUGUUAUCAAUUGAAAUUAACUAGUGUGUUAGCUUUAAGGUUCUUUCUUAAUUUUUUCUGUGAUGAUACUACCAAUUUGUAGAUGUGAAACAUCAAGUACCUAAUGUUAUGAAUAAGUGUCAACGCUUGUUUUUCUAAUAAAUAUUUUUUCAUUGUA